AUGGCUUAUCAACCCAAAUCUCAAGAUGAGUAUCUUUAUCAUGGGAUAUGGACAGAUGAGCAUGACACUCUGAUUCUUACUAGUAUUCUGAGAGAGAAGCAGUUGCAUAAGUUCAAGGGUACGGUCAUCCCGCACGAAUUCUUGUAUGAAGCUGAAGCUACAAUCGAGGAGGAGACAGGUACUCGUGUGAAUAGGGACGACAUCUAUAAUCGGUUGCAAUUCCUAGAGCAUCGCUACCAAACCUUCAAAUCAUUGGUCGAGCAUCUGAAUACACGAUUCGAGCCCUCGUCGAACAAGGUUUUUGCUUCUGAAAAAACUUGGACGGCCAUCCUUAAGAAAAAUGACUUUGCUGGAGCAUAUACAAAGAAUGGAGAACCAGAGUUCAAGCUGCUCAAGAUGUUGUUUAGUGGUGACAUCAAUGUGAGCGAGAACGAUAUAGAAACUAUUGUGCUCUCGGAUACCACCAUUGAUCUAAAUCCGGAUGUUGAUGAGGGCCAGUGUGAAGAUUAUGUAAGUGGAUAUAAUCAUGAUAGCCAUCUAUUGCCACGCAAGCUGUUCAAUGAGAGUUCACACUCCCGUGACUGUGAGUCAUCAAAUUCCAUGGAGAUUCGUGAUAGGGAGCUUGGACAACGACCUGAAAAUUUCAUCUACCACGACUUUGACAACGCCCCAACAAGGACGGUUGACUCCUCAAACAGUAGCUCUUGUGCAUCGUCAAAUCCAACUUUAUGGUGGCGCCGACCAUAAUCGUGACUCUUAUCUACUAUGCUGUAAACUUAGAAUUUCCACUUGGAAAAUAAGUCUAUCUUGCGACAUGGUUAUUGUCGUCUUAUGCAUGUUAUGAGUGUGUGGUUUUAAAAAUAUGUAAUCUCAUGUGUAGUCCGUAGAAUUAUUUCGAUUCCAAAAGUUGCUCUAUGCGACAUGUUAUGUAACUUUGUUUGUGAAAUAAACAUGAGUUUCAGAAAAUAGGGAUAAAGAUGAAUAAGAAAUGCCAUUAUUGCAAGAGAA